CUGGCUGUUUGUGUUAGCAUAAUGAGCAAACUCUUGGGUAUUAGAAGAGAUUAAGGGGCAACAACGAACGCGAUUAUUUGUCCGUAUUUAACAGGCGAGGUGGCUGUCAGCUCCUUCAAAUCCUGUUAAGGGGGAUUCAUUUCAACAUUUAGCGCUAACAGGAGGGCAAAGGGGGGAAAGCCUCCUCAUUUAAUCCCCUCUUAAACCUCCCUUAAAAGGCAAAAGUGGGAUCUAAAUAUGUUAAGUUUCCAGAUUCCUUCUCUUUUAUGCAUUUCCUAAGGAACUGAGUGAGGCGAGCACUGGAUCAGAGGAGCAGUCUUUUGGCCCCACUCUCCUCCUGCUCCACCACCACCACAGCCAUCACAUCUAAUGGGCGGUGGAAAUCGAAUUAAAAAUGGGAUGUGUGGCUGUAGGUUCCUAGGCAGUCAUGGGGAAACUACAGAGCAAGUUUCGCAAGCGGUCUGAUAUCUACAGGGCAUCUCAGGGGGAGAAGGCAGAUAAUACCUUUGACAGUCAGGUGGUGCAGUAUGAACCUGCCCAUCAAGGAUCCAUCAGCACUGUCACGAAUCUCAGCCCAGAUCUGUGUGUUUCUGGCGGCAGUGAUCAGGCUGUGGUGGUGUAUGACUGGAAACAAGGCCGGAUGUGUCAGUCCUUCCAGGGUCACAACCGAGAGGUUACUAAGGUGGUGUGUUAUCCAGGAAGUACAUGGAUCUUUAGUGCCUCACGGGACAAAACUGUUCUGAUGUGGGACCUAAACCAGGGGGAUGAACCUAUUCAGGAAUUCUGUGGGCAUGAGUUGGUGGUCAACGGACUAGCUAUCAGCCCUGAGGGAAGAAAGCUAUGCACCGGCUCUCGUGACAACUGGAUGUGCCUGUGGGACAUCGAAUCUGCAAAAUGCGAACAGAGACACAACAUCUCUCGAAACCUGGUGACUCAUGUGUGUUGGGUGCCAGCCAGCUCCUCUGUAGUCCAGACUUCUGAGGAUAAGACCAUAAGGGUGUGGGACAGCCGUGCCUGGCAGGUGACCAAUACAUUUCCAGCCAAGCAGUACAUCCAGACCCACUGUGAUGUGUCUCCCAACGGGAACUAUAUGGUGUCCAGCAGCAAUGGCUUUGGAGGGCAGGGCUGUGAAGCCACGCUCUGGGACCUGCGACAGCCUGGCUGUAAGGUUGUGGAGUACAGAGGACACGUUCAAACCACAGCCUCCUGUGUUUUUCUACCUACGCCUCCUGGUGGCACCGCUCAGGUAGUAACAUCCUCCCAUGACAGCUCCAUCAAGAUCUGGGAUCAGAACACAGCAGUUUGUUUAGGGACGUUGUCUAUGGAUGGUGCUGGUCCACUGGUUUCCCUGGCUCCAAGUGACUCCACCAAUCUGCUGUGUGCCAGCUUCAGCAACGGCAUCAAUCUUAUUCAGGUGGGCCAGGGAUCAAGCCAGGCUCAGGGUUCUGCAGCAGGUUCAGGUGGAGCUGGUGGCCUCGACCUUAAAGUCGUUGCACGUUUCUGAGAGUCUGGUAGAGCCUGGUGUGACUCGUAACCCUCACCUGUGACCUUUCAGUGACUCAGCAAGCAAUAGAACUGAUUUUUUUUUUUGUUCUAUCAUUUUACACACUGUAUUUCUAUAGACACAUUUGCUUUAUUAGACUGCCAUACAGUGAAGAAUGACAGAGGAGAUCAGCAAGAACUUGAGGGAAUAAAAAUGACUUAUAGAAGAUCCACCUUUUAUCUAGCAGAGCCAUGUGCAUGUCCAGUACAUGUUCUGUUUGGAGACUGUGAACUCCAGAGUCAUCAUGCUUGGACUGACGCCUUCAUGGACCAAGUCAGAGGAACCAGGAUUUACUCAGUUGAUACACUAUUACAGCUAGGUGGCGCUGGCAAGAUGCUUUAUUCACAUGUACUGAUUUGUAUUGAGAGUUUCAGUUGAAAAUUUGGGCAGCAGGAGUAUCAGCUGUGUGUUAAGGACUUCUACUAAGCCAAAUAGAAUUUCAUACUAAUAGUAUAGAAUUUGUUUUUUCCAAUAUCAGAUUUAAUAAGUGCUGUCAGAUUCACAGUCUUGUCUAUCAAGUGGAAAGUUGUUUUUAUCACCAAAACCUAGUAAAGAGGAACACGUCGAUAUUAUUGAGUAGUUUGUGCUCUAGAUUGAAGUCCAGUGUUAGGCCAAAUGACUCCAUAUGACACAGGUCUGUAUAAACAAACUUUAUUUUUAGGUAGAUUUUACUCAAUCAUUUUUAGGAUACAGAUUCUAAUAUUUGUAAACUGAAACUGCUGAUAGUUGAUGUGCUGGUAUCCAACAUGUAUUUAAGAUAGAAAAUUACUAUGCAAUAUACCAUAGUGAUUCCCUUUUUGAUAAAACACAGUUUGAAUAAACAAGUAAAGCUGCUCAACGUGUAAAUAAAAAAACUGCAACCAGCAGUUAUUGAAGAUAUUGUUUGACAAGGUCUUCUGUGCUAUUGAACUAAAUGUAUUGAACAUGAAUUCUGUCAGAAUAAAAAAGUCCAGAUCUAAACGGUUCAGUAAGAGAAUGCUAUUGCUAAAGAAGCCUUAAGUGAAUGAAUUUGGCCAGUUCUAUAUGAAACUAUAAUUGUCAGGGCAUGAGUGAAAAGACUCGGGCACUACAAGUGUAAAUUUAAUACGAAUUAUUACAGAUGUUAAUCACAAGGAAACAUCUGGUUGAGUAUCUACUGUGUAUUGUUUUCAUUACAUGUAGAUGAGAUAUAGAAAUAACAAGUCACAGAUCAGAGGGAAAUCUAAAGAGUUGCAAUAGGAAAACUCUACUGUGAUGUGUCGCUUGUGAUGUCAUGGGGCUUAGGAGUCCACAUUCAAUGAUUUAUUAUUUUUCUAUAAUGUAAGGAACUCUACUAGCUAUAGGGAACUGAGGGUGAUCACACAUUUCAUUUAUGACAAUCACAAAUCAUCACUAGCUGAUUCCGUUGUAUCUGUCAUCAUUUGGUACAUUUUACUAAGCAAUAAAUAAGAGGGGGGGAAUUUAAGUUGUCUGUUCUUAUCAGCACAGAUCUUAAAAUUGGCGACAGCUGUAGAGUUAAUAUGCUGUUAAUAUACAGUAUCUGAACAUAUUUGUAAUUUUAUAUAAAUGCUGUAUUUAUCUGAUAGAGUAAAAAAAGAUACAUGUAAAUUACACCAAUCAUUCACAAGAUUAAAACCACUGUCUUAUCUCUUUGGCACCGGCCAAAGGUCAGUGUGUGUUUGGCAGCGAGUCAAUAGUAACUUCAGUGAGAUUGAGUUGUUUGAAGCAGGAAAAACAAGACGAUCAGCUAGACGAACAACUUUUAUCAGGGUCAGAUCUUCUCCUAAACAGUAGCAUUAUUGGGUUUGUUUACAGUGGUCAGUAUCUACCGUAUAGAAUACCCAGUGAAUCUGUGGCAUGGUCACUCAAGGCCCCAGCAAAGGCCGACCCAUGCAGUCCAGUUUCACAGAAGAGCACUAAUUAGUGAACGAUUUUGGGGUUUUCUCUUCAAGUAAGAAUUUGUUUUUAUAACAUAACUACCAUCAGAUUUGAAUGAACACAAAACAUCAAGCCUUACCAAUAUAAUCUGUCAUCUUACAUUGGUUUCAGUGGAACCCCUCUGACUCUGGUGUACUUUUAAUUGACUGAUGCCACAUUUGGAUAAUUUUCUAUGCCCAUUCUUUGUCACAAUAUAAAAAAUACAUAAACUCCAUGUAGGGAAAUCCCAUCUGCAUGUAAUUAAUGAUUCAGAAAGCAGAAGACUCAGUCAUACUGUUUAAUUUAUUCAAAUCUGGACCUCAUUUUCCCUCUGCCACAAAAACAAACCACAUACCCAUCAACAGGUUUUCAUUAAGACUCACACACAAAGUAGACAUCAGCAGGCAGAACAGUUUGGCGGUCGCCACAUCACUGAAGUACAGAAAUAUUCAGAUAUUUUAUAAAAAAAAGAAGCUAAAAACGUUUUUGAAUAAAUGAUAACAUCUAUCCUUGUCCAAACAAAAUUUAAAUGACAAUUGCCUUAAAUUAAUGAAACAUAUAUACAAUAUUGGCACAGCAUGACAUAAAAAGCUAAGUGGAAUAAGUAGGAUACAGUCCAUUAAAUUAACAGAAGUACAAGUCAUUCAGAUGACCUUUAAACAAUAAAUAUAUGAACAUAGCAUUCAGUCCAGAGCUGAGAGAAACUAAAAGAAACAUGUGCUGAAUGAUAACAGUGAGUUGUAAUACAUGAGCUAGUGGCAACUUAAAGUAUUCAGAGUUUCUUCCAUGAUGUUUGAAGGGAGGGUUACAGCCUCAAUCUUUGGCCUGGGUGUUAACGAGCUGGUUCUUGUCUCAGAAACUAAUAUUUUGUUGUGCUAGAAAUAAUAAAAACUGUGCGAGAGAA